AUGAAGAGGGACGACAACAGACCCUCAAUCGACGCGGUGGCAACGCCGGGCCCAUAUAUCGUAGCCGGCGUCGAAGAGCACACCGGUCCUCGGCCGACCGAAACGACCAGUUUGCUUCCCAAGCGGAAUCACAGGAACCGCUCAGAUGUUCACCAUCGGGAUUGCAUCUCGGGCCCGCGCUUUCAUUUUCUAUUCUGGAGCAUAAUCUUUGGCUGCUCAAUUGCGUUCUUUGACACUACCUUAAUGGCUUCUUCCCACCCCGUCAUCACUUCCUACUUCGAAGCGUCGAACGCUGCUUCCUGGCUUAGUACUGUGUUCUAUUUGACCUCGACGGUGUUCCAGCCUGUCUACGGCCGCGUUUCUGACACUAUCGGUCGACGGCCAGCAUUGCUGUUUGCGAUCGUCAUGUUCUUCGCUAGCACCGUGUGGUGUGGCGCGGCUAGCAGCAUUGGCAGUUUUAUCGCCGCCAGAGCAGUAAGUGGAUUGGGCGCCGGUGGUCUGGUUGCUCUGGGUGGAAUCUUGACGAGUGACAUUGUCAAAAUCGAGUACAGGGGCAUCUAUCAGAGUUAUUUCAAUUUGGCAUAUGGAGCAGGCAAUGGGCUGGGUGCCGCCCUAGGGGGCUUUCUUUGUGACUAUUUCGGCUGGCGCGCUGCUUUCUUCCUACAGCUACCUUUCAUCGUCGUUUACGGUGUUCUUGCCAUUUUUUCUUGUCCAGAUGACCUCGGUCCAAACUUUGCAAAGACGCAAGGGAAGACACUCAGCGAAGCCUUCAAGAGCUUCGACACUUAUGGGACGAUUGGACUGAUUACCACGGUCACCGGCCUCAUUCUUGGAGUGAACUUGGGCGGCAACGUAUUCACAUGGACACACCCUUUUGUCAUCGGCAGCCUAGUGAUCUCUGGCAUUGCAGGCGCCUCCCUGAUCUUUGUGGAGCGGACAGCCGAGCGACCUAUUCUCCCUUUAAGGCUGUUUUCUACAGCCCCCGUUGCGAAUGUGAUUGGGAGCAAUUUCCUUGCCUCGAUGCUCACCAAUACCAUUCUGUUCAAUGUUCCUUUAUAUCUCCAGGCAGUCCGACAAACAUCACCCACCACUUCCGGCCUUUACCUCCUCCCUCCUUUAGUCGGUGCUAGCAUCACCGGCCUGUUAGCAGGAGUCUACAUUACUCUCACAAGACGGAUGAGGCCGCCCAUGGUGCUGGGUUCAAUCAUGGGACUUGGUGGCGCUAUGGCUGUGAUGUGCUUGUCAGCGGACACGCCGACCUCGCUUGUCCCCUACCUCAUUCCUUUUGUCCAGAUUGGCCAAGGAUUCUUCUUCCCAGCAGGCACUAUUGCAGUCCUAGCGCUAAACUCUCAGGAGGACCAAGCUGUGGCUACUACCACACUUGGUCUGAUCCGCAAUCUCGGCUCAAUCAUGGGUGUGGCCUUGAGCAGCUGGGUGUUGCAAAAUGCGCUGCCUAUAUACUUGAACAAAUGCGUCACAGCACCCGACGCGGCGACCAAGGAGCAUAUCAUCCGUACGGUCAGAGAAUCGAUCCGCUCAAUCCGAGAUUUGGACCCGGUGCACAAGAAACAGGUCAUUGUUGCGUAUGCGUUGAGCCUGAGGGCAACAUUUUUCACAGGGAUAGUUUUUUCUAUGCUGUCCUGCUUGCUCAUUUGGCCCGCUCGCCUGCCCCGUCUGCAAAAGCAAGAGGACCUUGACAAAGACGAGGCAGCCGUCUACGCUCCGGGAUCGAGCGACGAGGGAAAUUGUGAUGAAGAGGAGCAAGAAGAGGAUGAGGCACGAGCGUUGCUGGCGACGCCGACCCUAUCGAUUGCUCGAACUGUGACGAGCGGCACAAAUCGAAGCAAGAGGUCGACGUCUCUAGGCGGACACGUUGAGAGAAGAGCAAGUUUCGAUAUGAAUUUCUAG